AUGCUUUUCUUCAGCUUUUUCAAGACUCUGACCAACCAGACUGUCACCAUUGAACUCAAAAAUGACAUCCGCAUUCGUGGAAUUCUGAAAUCGGUUGACCAAUACCUAAAUAUCAAGCUGGAUGAUAUCGAAGUGUUGGACCUGGCCAAGUACCCUCACCUGUCUUCUGUGAAGAACAUGUUCAUCCGAGGAAGUGUGGUGCGGUAUGUGAUGUUGCCUCGGUCGGAGGUUGACGUGGGGUUAUUGGAGGAUGCCACACGGCGAGGUGAGUUGCGCUUCGUUCCCCGAACUGAGCUGUUGAGACCAUUUCAUGCUCUCGCCUUUUUCCAAGCAUCUACACAAGCUGCGACCGGAACUGCCAUUUGA